AAUUUGAAGUCGUCGCGUCGCCCGACUGCAGCGUUCUGUGUACAUUCUACUAGCCUACGUCAAUGGAGAAUGAGGGCUGCUCUGCUUGCUUCUCUGCGCCCAUGCAUUCCGAGCCUCGGUCGCCCGCUCUUUCAAAACCCGACCGUGUGCCUACUUUUACGCCGCCAAUUCCAUCAUAAUGGCCCUAGACUUUCGAUGAAACUGAAAAAUGGAAGAGGCGGAGCUGCUAAGCAAAGUAAAAACACCCAGAAGACACGGCAUCGGCAUGGGGCAUUUGUGCAUGUUUCUACAGUUGGUAACAAGCCGGUGCAAGGAAAGAAGCACUCGCAUAAGGGCAAAACAAAAUCUAGUGCUCAAGCACGAUCACCGAUUGCAAACGGGCCUAUAAUCACAAAAGAUUAUAUUGAGAAGGAUAUCGGUCUUCCUGUUCAGGGCGAAUACCCUAAUGCACCGGAGGAACUCCUGAAUAUGAUCGAACUUGACACACGUGUUCUAAAACAAACAUCUUUGAAGAAACUGUUCAAAUCGCAAUUACAGGUGGGCGAAAUCAGAGUGACGGAGAACAAAGGCAAUCGCGAAAAUCCACUUCGCACCCAGCUCUCGACAAGAACCUAUGAUGAUAAACGCAUCGUUGUCUACGGCGAUGGAAAGACUGAACGCGAAUCUUGGUAUCACUGCUUCUUACACCUCAUUGCUCGGUUGCACAAAGAACAUUACCUGAUGGACUUCUACAAACCUACAAUACCGUGUCUGAACCGUGCACUGCAAUCGGACCCAAAAGUCGCUGUUUUCGAGUACGCCGCUCGCUUCUUGUUGGUUCCGACCAUUACCUCAAAGCCUAUAGACCCCGAAAUCAAAAAGACUGUGCUACGGCAAGGCAAAAUCGCAUCUUUCGCAAAUUUCCAAUCCACAAUUGAACUCCCGGAACUAGGUAUUUCAGCUGUCGGUGUCGGGAAGACGCCAUACAUUGCUGGGGUAGCAGCUUCAACCCGUUUUCUGGAAUUGGUCAAAGAACGAGGAAAGGACGGCGCCACCGAUGACCAGUCUCUUCAAAAAGCGAAAUUCCUCGACACGUCGAUUAUGCCAUCAUUCCGGAACUUCUGGCCACGCAUGCGGGGUCAAUUAACCGUAAGAUAUGAACCGUUCAAUGAGCCCAAUGGCGAUCGUCAAUUGUACGUUGGAACAGCGACAAUCGAUGACAGAAGUAGUGAACAAAUAAUGUCGCAAGACUCGAAAACCGCCGAGAACCUCGCUUUGUUGACUCUCCUUGUGACCAUCGGAAAGGAACGCCCGCAAAUUCUGUCAUCCUUUGAGACGGCUUUACAACAAGAAGGCGGGAAAGUGAUGGUUCCAAUUUCACCAGUAAUGAUAGACAUGUCAAACGAAGUCGCGACGACAAUGGCAGAUGCUACUAUCAUUGGGCGCAGCGUCCCACGGAGUGCUGAGCAAUCUACAAUGCAUGAUAGAACAGAGAGUCCAGUGCGACCGAUCAGAAGAUACGGAAACCAUACACGCCGGAACCAAGCUUUACAGGAAGCUAUUGAGACCUAUCAAGCAUCACCAAAUACUGAGACAAUACGUCGGAAACGAGAAGAGCUCCCCAUAAAUCAGUAUAGGGCUGAGAUUUUGGACAUGGUGACAGGCAAUGCAUUUACUGUGGUGGUAGGCGCCACGGGUUCCGGGAAAACAACUCAAGUCCCUCAAAUGUUUCUGGAAGCGGCAUCCAAAGCUGGCAAAGGGGCUGCAUGCAAUGUGAUAUGUACGCAGCCGAGGCGUAUAGCUGCUACUUCAGUUGCGCGCCGUGUCGCCGAUGAGCGUGCCGAGAAAGUGGGCGAUGCCGUCGGGUUCAUCGUGCGUGGUGCAGGUCAGCCACCACGAAGCGAUGGUAGCAUUUUGUUUUGUACGGCUGGAACUCUCUUGCAGCAACUGAAAUCCAACGCCGAACAUGUCUUCGACACCACCUCACACAUCCUUUUAGACGAGGUGCACGAGCGAGACUCCAUACUUGACUACCUACUUAUUGUUCUUAAACAAACGUUGAAGGACAGGGUGGCAAGUAACAAACCUGUGCCCAAAAUCGUCCUCAUGAGCGCUACCAUGAACACUGAACUCUUCUCCAAGUAUUUCGGGGCCACGGGUGGUGAUGGCAAAAUCAUACCUUGCCCCUCCAUCAACGUUCCUGGUAGACUGUUUCCUGUCAAAAAUCGGUACUUAAGGGAGAUCGAAGAGGGUUUGAAAUCCGCUUUUGGUCGUGAUGAGCAAAUGUUGUCUAAACUGUUCAGUGAAACAGACACAGACAAAUACUUACAUAGAGAGCUACGGCCGGAAUCUCUCGAGUCGGGCUCCAAAGCUGCGUCGGACGAAUACAAUUACGAUCCGGAUGACAGUCUAGUGCCCAUUGGUCUAGUUGCUGCUACCGUAGCUCAUGUUGCGAAGACAACCAGUGAAGGUGCUAUCCUAGUCUUCUUGCCUGGGCAACAGGAAAUCCUGGCAACCCAGCUUCUCCUCACACGAAACCGAAUCCUCGAUGUCGAUUUUAAAGAUCAGUCUCGCUAUAAACUCUUUGUACUCCACUCAUCUACGUCCGCAGAAGAUCAAGCCUCGGUUUUUGAACCGGUCCCUGAAGGGUGCCGCAAAAUCAUUCUCUCUACCAACAUCGCAGAGACCUCAGUAACAAUCCCAGAUGUGCAGCACGUGGUCGACAGUGGAAAGCAUCGCGAAAUUCAGUAUAAUCCGAUCGACCGCAUCACCGCUUUAAAGACUGCUUGGAUUAGCAAAGCUAACGCCAGGCAACGUGCCGGAAGAGCUGGACGAGUGCAGAAUGGAAACUACUAUGGUUUGUAUACGGAAGAGCGUCUUGAGAGGAUGAAGGUGAGUAGCACGGCCGAGCUACUUCGCAGUGAUCUUGAAUCAAUCUGUCUCGAUGUCAAAGCCCAGGGGUUUGGUGAUUCAGUAGAGGAAUUUCUUUCCAAAGCCAUUGAACCACCCAGCCCUACAAACAUUCGAUCGGCUUUGGCGGGCUUGCGGUCACUUGAGGCUAUAACUCAGACGGAGGAGCUCACUCCAUUAGGCCGACUCCUGUCCACACUUCCAGUGCAACCAGCUCUAGGGAAAAUGAUUGUUCUUGGAAUCAUUUUCCGGUGCUUGGAUUCAUGCAUAAUCCUGGGAGCUUUAUCGGAGUCGCGUAACAUUUUCAUGAAGCCGUCAGGAUCGAGAUCCGCUUGGAAAGAGAGCCAUAAGAGAUGGCUUGGGAACUCACAAAGUGAGCACAUUGCACAGAUACGUGCUUUCAAAUACUUGCGCCAAUAUUCCGAGCAACACAGUCCCGAGGCAACGAGACGACAUGCCUAUGAAGAGUUCCUCAGCGUGGCUGCUUUCGACCAAAUACAACGGACCAUCGCGGACAUUGAGAAUAUCCUCGUGCAAAAUCAGCUUAUCCCUCCAAGCGCGAAGUAUAGGAACCGAGUGGCCUCUUACGGCCAAGUUGACCAGCUGAACGAUAGAAGCGGUAAUUUACAGUUGAUUAAGGCUCUCGCACUCGUGGGGCUUGCCCCCAAUCUCGCUGUCCCCUACAGACGUCGCUGGUUCCGUACUGCUACAUCUGACAAUGUUCUUGUUCAUCCGAAGUCGAUUCUGGUGGACAAACGUGGGGAUGUCGACUGUGUCGGCGCUGCAGUCACCUUCACUACAUUGGCAGGAGGCGACGACGGGGCUUUGAGCAUGCGCGAAGUCACCGAAGUCCCUCCUACCACAGCGCUCAUGUUCGGUGGUCGAGUUGACAAAGUAGGCUCAUGGGGUGAUCUGCUUCAGAUACGAGGGUGGCUUAAAUUUGGACUUGGGAGUAGACAAGAUGCCACUCUCGUUUUCAAGUUCCGUCAGGUCCUUGAUCAUGUCUUAUCAAAUGCUUUCCAGGAAAUGGCCACCCGUAGCCAACAAAGCAGAUCCUCGUCCAGAGAGUUUAGGAGCAUACAAGCUCCUCUUCAACCCCAAGAAGAGAGCGAAACAUCCCGACUGCGAGAGGAAUUUACGCGGGAGGUCGUCGCAGUCCUCGAUCUAGUGGAGCACAGAUCGAUGAGACGCCCCCGAGACGUUCAACCAAGCGAAACGAGUCCAACGAGCCGCGCACCCCAAAGACCUGAUGCGCCCCGUCAAAGUGGCUUACGGCAACGCUCGAGAUCCGCCGGUCCACAGUCUUUGAGGCAGAUGGGCACGAAAUUGUUCGAUGAGUGA